CCGCCAUGACACACGACUGACUUGCCUGUUGUUUAAAGAGUGAUGAGGCUAGUGUUCAUAGCUACAGUCGUUGCGGUUAUUUUACAUAUGACGUCAGCUUGGCUAUUUGACAUUGACCAAAAAGGAGUGAACUCAAACAUAGAUAACAGACAACAUAGCCGAGGCGUCGAAUCCAUGGGGGAUGGGGAAUUGACGGAACCGGAAGAGGAAAUACCCCUUAUACUGCGCAUACUCAGAUCAGACGAAAAUGACGUUAUUGGAACUGUUGCUGAUUUACACUCGCAUGCACUGUCAAACAGGCGAAAUUACCGGCAGAUGCGACAUGCACGUGCUCACUGGAGAUCAUGACGUCAUAAAGAUGUCUCGACUUACUAACAUUAUAAUUAAGCUAACGUUUUUGUUGAUCUGUGGUUCAUACUAAUUUAAAACUUGGAAAAAAUGUGCUACAUUAUCAAUAUUUCACACAAAAAUGUCGUUUAUGUACUAUGAACUUUCGACUAAAUUUUUUUUGCUGAAUUGAUAAGGAAUGGCUGUUAGCAGACUGUCAUUUCCAUCACAUGAGUGAACUCUUCUUUUCAUUUAGCUUACCUGAAGUAACUGUUGGGUUUUAUAUGGUUAAUAAUUUGUGCUGCUUUGAGACUUUUAAGGAAAAGCGGUAUUUCUAACUGAAAACAAGACAAGACGAAACAGUACUAGAGUUAGGCUGUUUGGGUUUGCAUCAUGACAAACUCGGUUGGGAUAUUCAUCAUUCAUCUUGAGAAAAUCAAAUGAAUAAGAAGUAAUUAAGAAUACAAAUAAAAUCCACAGAAACAAAAACACG